CAAGCUAGUUAGUGGCCGGGUCAGAUCUCAGCAGGACGGCUGCAGGUGUCGGUCAGUAGGCCGCCGGCGUCCGUGUACGGCCAAGAGAGCGAACACGCAGUCUGAUUUAAAUGCCUCUAAACCUCACACCCGAGUGUCUUUAGAGACACUUCCACGCGUUUACUUUUUAUUUGGCGACAGCGUCUGGAUGUUUUACAUUUGUGAAGUCGGUGUAGUGUGCGUAGGGGAGCCCGGCCUCGUCGGUGUGUUUGGAACAAGAUGAUUAAAAACUGGAGUGUCAUCGGAGGGAUUGCGGCGGCCAUUGCAGCGGGAGUGUACGUGCUGUGGGGCCCGAUUACCGAGAGGAAGAAGAGGAAGAGAGGUAUGGUCCCGGGUCUGUUGAACUUAGGCAACACCUGCUUCUUGAACUCUCUGCUCCAGGGUUUGGCAGCAUGUCCGUCUUUCGUCGGGUGGCUGGAGAGAUUUUCAGGUCUGCCCUCGAUCCAGUCAUGCAAAGACAACCAGCUGUCCUCCACUCUGCUACAGCUGCUCAAAGCUCUGUCCAGUGAGGAGCCUGGAGACGAGGAUGUCCUAGAUGCUGGAUGCCUUCUGGAUGUCCUCAGACUGUACCGCUGGCACAUCAGCUCAUUUGAAGAGCAGGAUGCACACGAACUCUUUCAUGUCCUCACGUCUUCUCUAGAGGAGGAGCGAAAUCGGCAGCCCAAAGUCACGCAUUUGUUCGACAUGCAGUCGCUGGAGUCUCCUCCUGAUGAAGAGAAAACCGUGGCCUGCAUAAGUCGAGCUCCUCUUCAUCCGAUCCCGGGUCCCUGGAAGUUCCACCAUCCCUUUCACGGCCGUCUAACCAGCAACAUGUCGUGCAAACGCUGCAACAUUCAAAGUCCAGUACGAUAUGACUCAUUUGAGAGCCUCUCUCUGUCCAUCCCUCUUCCUCAGUGGGGUCGGCCUCUCUCUCUAGAUCAGUGUUUGCAGCACUUUAUUUCGUCAGAGACGAUCAAAGAGGUGGAGUGUGAAAACUGCACAAAGCUGCAACAAAGCACGACGAGGAACGGCCAGGUUUUAGAAAGCCAGAGGACGACGUUUGUUAAACAGCUGAAACUUGGAAAGCUCCCUCAGUGCCUCUGCAUACAUCUACAAAGACUGACGUGGUCCAGCGAAGGGACGCCCAUCAAGCGACAGGAGCACGUCCAGUUCGCAGAGUAUCUAUCCAUGGAUCGCUACAAACACAACAGCUCCACACAGAGGAGUCAGCGCUUCACGUCUGCUCCCAAAGCCAUAAAGACAGAAAGCCUGGACGGCUCCACAGAACGGCUGAAAGCUAACGGCAGCGAUGCAGAGCACCACCACAACAACAACAACAACAAACCUUUUUCUAACGGAACCUGUUCUUCCGUGUUUCUCCUCUCUUCUGGUUUGAGCCCACAGCUCGGCCUCACGUACGACUUCAGCUCCGCGGAGUAUUUAUUCCAGCUCCAGGCGGUGUUGGUUCACCACGGGGACAUGCACUCGGGACAUUUCGUCACCUACCGCCGCAGCCCUCCCUCGGCCUGCAGCGCCUCGCCCUUCAGCGGCCAGUGGCUGUGGGUGUCGGACGACUCCGUGCGCAAAGCCAGCCUGCAGGAGGUGCUGUCUUCCAGCGCGUACAUGCUCUUCUACGAGAGGGUGCGAAGGCCAGGCCUCAGCUCACCAUCGGACAAGUAGUCGGUACCCGGCAGCCGGACUGAUCUCCGCCUUUAUGCAGAAACUACGUGGUUACCAACGGGUUGCUUUUCCGCUGUAGCUUUUGCAUCCCGGGGUCUCGCAGCGUUGCGUUGUAACGGACACCGCCUGCCGCCCGGAUGCUCACAGCAGGAGGCGGGUAAUCCCAAAGAUAAAGGACAGCAGGAUUUCUCUCGGAGCAUCAUGGGUCAUUUAAGCUACUUCUCUUUACUGCGUUGAACUGUUUCCUGUAACAGACAGUGUGAAAAAGGAGUACCUGAGAGCGCCCUGUGAUUACACUGUCAAGGACUGGAGUUUUUAAAGCUAUUUUUGUUGGCUUUGUAAUCAAGCAGUGGUGUAAAUAUAAAAGGAAUACCCAGUCAGAUGUUCCUGUUAAUAUGUCCACAAUUAUUUGAAGUACAGACAAAAAGAGAAGUUAAGGAGACGUUACUUCAAAGCUGUUACAUUAAAAGACGAGUUAAAACGC